UUAAAACAAGCGCCAUAAGAUUUUAUGCAAUUUAUUAUUUUAUUCUUAUGGUAUGUUACCCCUAAUUGUUUCCAAAUAAGGUUUAUUCGAAUAUAUUUUACAUUAAGUUAUACUACAAAAUUGUGGUUUUGAUUAAAAGUUUAUUUAUACACGAUUAUAAGUAUUUCUUGUUUGUGACAAUUUGUUUUCAACCGUGGCGAUCUACGGGAGAGGCUCAUAAUUUUUGACAUGUUAAAAUGGCGGCCUCUUUCAAACUCAUAAAUUGUUUUGAUUUAUGUUGUUAUUUUGCGAAAAAAGUGGUUGUUCUGGCACCAUAAGAACUUUUAGGAAGAAUAAGAUCAACAGUAACUAACAUGGAUCAUAAUUUGGACGAUUCUUUAAAUUUGGAGAAUGCUAUGGGAGUUGAUUUUGGACACACUGAUGAUGUGGAGGUCAGUCAAGCAAGUAUAACGUUGAUACAAAGUGGUCAUGAUGAAAGUAUUCCCAUGGAAUUUGAGCACAGCGAAGAACAACCCAUGCUUAUGGAUACAGGAAAUGAGGAGAUUAUUGUUUCAGAUUUCAUGAGUGAUCAGUUCACCCUUCAAGAAUAUUCUGUUCAAAGCGAUCAAACAACAGAAUUGACGACAACCGUCGAAUCAAAUCAACAGCACAUGCUUACUUCACAAACAGACACAUUGGUGGAUAUACAGUUCACUCCUCAAAUAGUAAGCAACUCCACAAUAACACAAGACAAUGGGGAACCGAAGAUGGUUGCUGUUAAGUCACUUUUGCCGAAAACUACAAAAAAAAGUGACUCAAUGGCCACCCUUGCAACAAUGCCUCGUCAAGUGGCCAUUGCACCCAAGCCGCCGAAACUUGUGAGCAAAACAUUUGCGCCCAAACAGCUGGCUAUAGCACCGAAACCGGUCACAAUGAUAUCUAAUAGAGGACAAAGCCUCGUCAAAAAGGUAUCACUAGCCAAUGUGAUACAGGGAACCACUAAAGGGAAGACAGUUUUGGCACAAAUCGGCAAGCAGCUUAUCAUGGUGCCUUCUGGAUCACAGAAAAUUAAACUUGUCACUGCGGCACCGGGAACUAACACAGUGCAGUACGUCAGAGCUGACGGAGAACAAGCACAGCUUAUUGUCAAUAAGAAUACUGGUGCCACACAAAACAAGCCGCUGCUGACCAAACUUAUAACAGUGCCAGGAGCAACCAGCGACUCGAACGCGCCGGCCGUCAUCACUAAAAUAGAGCCGUCACGGUUUGUGGUACAACAGAAGACAAUACCGCUUACUGUGGGAAAUAAGGUUUUAAUGGCAACACCGUCAAAACAGCCCGUGAGGCUGUCGAAGAAACAAGAAAUAAUAACUAUCAAGUCGCCUACACCAAAAUUGAUGCCAGCGACAGCCAUAAAUACAGCAACAAAACAGAAAGUUAUUAUAAAUCCUAGUGUGAAUGCGAUGCUUAAGGCAGCGGCAGCGCAGAAAAAAAUACAAAAUCCAGAAGAUGGCGCCACAGUCGCGGAAGGCGGGAAGUCACAGCUGCAUCAGAUUAAUGUACCGGGCAAAGGCAUUCAAUACAUCCGCCUCGUCACCAACUCGUCGUCGGAGACGCCGAAGCCGGUUCCCAAGCAGCUGAUGGCGCUGCCCUCGAAGACAUUCGUGUUGACGGACAAUAAAGGUAAUCUGAUACAGAUGACUGCUGAGAAAAUGUCAGCCGGUCAGCCGCCGUCACUCGUCGUCACCGGGAAAGGGACUGCGGUUAACAAAUUGAAUGCGUCGAAACCGCCACAAAAGUUAGUGAGAAUAGCACCUAUAGUGAAAACAUCGCAAACGGUUACUCAGUCUCCCGCGAGCUUGUUGGCGCCGCUGUCCCCGGGCUCGCCCGAGCGUGAUCCGAGUCCUGCCCAGGAGUCCAAGGUGACGCUCAGAGCCCUCGUGGAACAAGCCAACGACGACUGCAGCUUGGCCGAGGUCGAGGUGGACUUCAAGAAAGACGGUAGUCCGACACCCGAAGAUAGUAUGGACAGCAUUGAUCAAUACAAUCACACAAAUAAAUCUGAAGAUCAUCCCCUUAUAGUGAUACCGUCGGCCUACGAUCAAAUGAUUGUACCAGACGACUCGGAGAGAAUGGAUGAGUCUCAAGACGCAAACAACACUUUGAAUGUGGAUAUGGAUAUGACGAACUAUCAGUCACCGACGACGCCUGCUCUCUCUGAAACGGAUCAAGUGACCACUGAACUAGGUGGUCUAAGGCCUCGCAAAGCAUGCAACUGCACAAAAUCUCAAUGCCUGAAGCUGUACUGUGACUGUUUCGCUAACGGAGAGUUCUGCAAUAGAUGUAACUGCAACAACUGUCACAAUAAUCUGGAAAAUGAGGAACUCCGGCAAAAAGCUAUCAGAGGCUGUUUGGACAGGAAUCCUAACGCUUUUAGGCCCAAGAUCGGGAAAUCGAAGGCGGGCGGCCCGGAGAUAAUACGACGGCAUAAUAAGGGAUGCAACUGUAAACGGAGCGGCUGUCUUAAAAACUAUUGUGAAUGUUACGAGGCUAAGAUAGCGUGUUCGUCGAUCUGCAAGUGUGUCGGAUGUCGCAAUGUGGAGGAAACCCUGGAGCGCGGCCGUCGCCGAGACGCGCCUCGAGCCCUCCAACCACUGGCCGGACCGCCCACCUACAGGCCGCACGUCGCACUCGCACACGCCAAGCAACCAUGCAGCUUCAUGACUUCCGAGGUGAUCGAAGCUGUGUGCCAGUGUCUCAUAGCGGCGGCUGUUGACAACAAGGAGGAGGCGGAGCGGCGGGACGCGGACCCCAUGCGUGACGUCAUCGAGGAGUUUGCGCGCUGUCUCCAGGACAUCAUCAGCGCUGCACAUCAGAGCGCGCCGCUCGCCUUGCUGGACGAGGGCCCGGCAUGAUGUUUGUAUGACUGAAAUAAUAUAUUUUGCAAUAUAUUCCAAAAGUGAUAAUAAAAAGUAAUAUAUAACUUUAUAUCAAUAUUGAGGUGCAAUUCCUAUAAUAUAUUUUAUAUCCUGGACUGUCUUAAAUCUAAGUAUACCGCAUUUUCGGUAAGUAGCGUAAGACUGUUGACAUGAUUUAAUCACUGAUAUUAAAAAAAUACUUGUUUGUUGAAUUGCCUAUAUUUAUAUACGUAGUUGUAAUGUAAAUAGCCUUGCUAGGAAAGGAAAAGUUAAAACAAUCUUGUUGUUUUUGAGCGUGUAAAUAUAUGGUUGUACAUUAAAUAUUUUACUAGUCAUAUAAGCAUACCUUUUAUUAGAACAAUGUAAAUAAAACUGUGCUAAAUAAAAUUUUUU